AUGGCCUGUUUUGUUUCAGACUCUGACCUGAGGGUGGUGCUGGUGGGUCAGGAGAGAGUUGGGAAGAGCUCAACAGGAAACACCAUCCUGGGCAAGAAGGAGUUUAACUGUAGGAUCAGUUUGAGCCCUCUGACUUUGAGCAGUAAGAAGAGAGAAGCUGAUGUUCUGGGUCAAAGAGUCUCUGUGGUAGAUACCCCUGGACUUGUCAGCACUCGGCUGUCUGCACAGGAGGUGAAAGCAGAGCUGGAAAAAGCUCUCCAGCUGAGUUCUCCAGGUCCUCAUGUUUUCAUCCUCGUCCUCCAGCUUGGACGAUUCACCCCACAGGAGCAGGAAGGACUGAAAGCUCUGCAGAAGAUGCUGGGCACUGAUGUCUCCAAACACACCAUGCUGCUGUUCACCUACGGAGACCGACUGGAAAACACCGACAUUGACAUGGAAAUGUUCACCAAAGAGGACGAGAACAUCCAGCAGUUGCUGAAGAGCUGCAGCGGUGUGUACCAUGUGUUCAACAACAACAUGGAAAACAGGGAUCAGGUCCAAAAGCUGCUGGAGAAGAUAAAUGACAUCUGUGAGGGAGGACAGUUGUACUAUGAGAGGUCUCAGUCAGAGGGGGCAGAUGGCAGACAGCGUGUGUGGCGUCAUGUGGGGGAGCAUGUUUGGGAUGCUCUGAAUCGGCGUAUACAACAGCGUAUUCCAGUUCCUACCAAUAUUCAGCAACUUUGCACAGGUAUUGAAGAGGAGUGGACCAGCAUUCCACAGCCCACAAUCAACAACCUGAUCAACUCUAUACAACAGAGAUGUUUUGCACUGCGUGAGGCAAAUGGUGGCCACACCAGAUACUAA